AUGGACUCAAUUACGCCCCUCCCCGAAAGGCUCCUCUUCAGCGCCGUUCGCACUGUGACCGUAUUCGUCCGAGAUCUGAGAGCGCUGGACUGGGUACUUCUGGGAGUGAUCGCCGCCCUUAUCCUACCUGUCCCCAUUUACCAGAAAGUAACCGUACGAUGCCUGCGGAUGCUGCUCGUCCUUCUGGCUGGCUUGUUCACACUCGUGAACAUCUACGUACUGGCCGCAUCGUGGAUCCCAGACUCCGUCUCACCAGAGGACUCGACGAUCGCCCUAGUCGACAUAUCGAACUUUCUCACGCCGAUCAUCGCGGACUCGGUCCUGCUGUAUAACACUAUCCUGGACAACGUGGCGCAGGGCAUGGCGUGCCAGGACCUCGUCGUCGCGUCUGCCGCACCCCUGAUACUCAAACUCGGCCGGCUGCUCGACUCUCAGCCGCUCGUCCAAGAUCGGUUCCGAGUAGUGCUGGACCGCAUCGAUGAGGGAGGGCGAUAUUACUCGUUCAUCGGUGGGCCGCCGAGGCUGGAGCUUACGCCGAAACAGAGCCAGGAGAUCGGGACUGGGAUGCAGCUGUUUGAUAACGUCUACACUUUCUUCUACUUCGUUAAGAGCGUGCGCCAUGAGCGCGCAGUCGCCAGAGUUGAAGGCCCGCUGUACAUCCCGCGCACUGCACUCGCAUCUCUACCACCACGCACCCUCAUCCUCCUGUCCUUCACGAACUUCAUCGCCCCAAUCACCCUCAGCGCCGCCCAGCUCGCCGCGCUCCUCCGCUCGACCGCAGAAGACGACAUGCUGCCCUUCUACCUCGCCGUGUGCAAAGCGCUCAUCCAGAUCCUCGGUGCCCUGGCUACAUCCCUAUUCGCUUCGCUCCAGCGCCGCCGGAACGAUAAGAUGAGAGGGCUCGUGUCGCUGCGUCUUGAGGGCGACGACUCGGACUCCGCGCUGCUUGCUGUCAGCCCGCGCCACAUCGAGGACCCGUCGAGCCCGCAAACGCAGAUCGACGUCCGACGUCUCGCGCGCGCGGGACACACGCGGCGCUCGUCGCGCUAUAGCACGAGUGCGAGUGCGAGCGGAAGUGGGUACGGACGGCCGUACCAGCACCAUCAGUGGAUGUCGUACUCGCGCGCGUUCCAGGAGUACCCGGAAGAUAGUCUGUGGCACGAAUCCGGGUAUUGA